AGUGUACGUCAUUUGGUGCGGGUUAAGGAAGAAGAAACAUGGCACCCCAACCUGAGAAAGAACCAGAACACAACUGUAGCCAUCGCGGUCGUCAUCUUCUAGGGUUUCAUGAACUUCUCUUUCUAAAUCCUAAAGCCCCAUCCAUCUUCGCUUCACUGGACCAAGUGGAAAGAAACCAUCAUUCUCUCUCUAAAACCCUAGAAACAAUAUGAUCCGCUCAAUCUCUCUACUCCAUAGCCAUGUUCUCAGCUUACACAAGGCGUGGCCUCCUCUUAAAGACCAGGACCCCACCAUCCAUUUUCAGAGCCCUCUCCCUCUCCCCUCCGUCGCCCUUGAGGUCCCCUCAUGGCCAAGCCCUAUCUCUAGUCAAUGUGAAGGACGUGGCUUCCUCCUUUAAAGACUGGUUCUUGGAGAGGAGACGUAGGUACCCUCCCAGUCUCACCCAUGAAACGCUAACUUUAACCUUAAACCAUGAUGUUCAGAGAAUUUGCGAGGUCUUAUCAAGAGGUGACUGUGGCUCUGAGACAGAGGCUGCUCUCUCUGACCUCCAUGUUCGAUUGACUGAUGAAUGUGUAGUUAGGGUUUUAAAGUUGCAGAAAGAUGUGCUUCCUUCUUUGAAGUUCUUCGAUUGGGCAGGUAGGCAAGCAGGGUAUCGCCAUACCGGAGCAGCCUUCCAUGCAAUAUUUAAGAUGCUUUCCAGGGCUAAGUUGAUGACUGUGAUGCUUGAUUGGUUAGAAACUUUCACAAAGCAGAGGAGUGUUUACACAUUUAGGCUUCAUGACACUCUAGUGAUUGGCUAUGCAGUAGCUGGAAAGCCUGAGAUAGCGUUGCAGAUUUUUGGAAAGAUGAGGUUUCAGGGGCUGGAUUUAGAUGGGUUUGCAUACAAUGUUUUGUUGAAUGGAUUGGUUGAAGAUAACUGUUUUGAUGCAGAGGAUAUAAUAGCAAAACAGAUUGAGAUGAGGGGCUUUAGAAAUGGUAUCACUUUUUGCAUAAGUAUGAAGAGUCUUUGUAAGCAGAAUCGCUUGGACGAGGCCAUGAAUCUUCUUCUUGAGCUGUUGAGGAAUGGAAAUGAUGUAAAUGAAUAUAUGCUUACAAUUACUGUUGAUGCACUCUGCAGGCAGAGGAGAUUUGUUGAAGUUGAAGGAUUAAUGGAGGAAUUCAGAGAUUCUGGUAAGAUUUCCAUGUCCAAUGCUUAUAAUACUUGGAUUACCCAUCUUGUAGAGACUGGUAGCAUAGAUAGUGCAAUGGAAUUAUUUCAUGAUGAAAAAAAUGUUGGGUUUUUCUCCCCUUGGCUACGUUGUUAUACUGUGUUGAUCACUGGUCUAUUGAGAAAGGAUAGGCUCGAAGAAAUAUACGAUUUGCUUGUAGAGAUGCGGCUUAGGGGUAUCUUUGCUGACAGGAAUACCAUGAAUGCAACUGUUUGUUUCUUUUGUAAGGCUGGUAUGGUAGAUGUGGCAAUCGAAUUAUACAAUGACAGGUUAGAGAUGGGGUUUUGCCCAAGUUACUUGGCCUAUAACUCUCUUAUAAACGCUCUUUGUAGAGAUUGGAGAGUCGAUGAGGCAUUUAGGGUUUUGGAGGAUGGGUUGCAGGGUAAUUACUUUCCUGGAAAGAAGACAUUCUUUAUUCUUGCAGAUGCUUUGUAUAGGAGUGGGGAUUUGGACAAGAUGGGCAAGUUGGUUGAUGCAGCAAUCGAAAGGAACUUCUUACCUAGUAAUGCUAUUUGUGUUAGAUACAUCUCUGCUCUUUGCAAGGCUGGUAGAGUAGACGAGGGGUACUUGCUUCCUGCUAAAUUGAACAAGCCUGAUAUGUUUCUAAGGAGAUCGACUUACUUUGAUUUGAUAUAUGGGUUCUGUGAGAAAAAGAGAGGAGAUAUAGCAUCUAGGUUGCUACUUGAGAUGAGAGAAAAUGGUCACUCGCCUUCUCGUAGUCUUUAUAGAGUGGUCAUCAGUUGCCUUUGUGAUAUGGGUCAUAUAGAGCAGGUUCUUAAUUUGCUAGAAAUGCAUGUCAAUGGCAAUUUGUCGGACAGUGAGGUUGAAAAUGAAAUUUACAACCACUUUAUAGAUGCGGCGGGCCAUGCAGGACAGCCGGAAUUGGCAAGGAAAGUGUUUGAAAAGAUGGUAGAAGACGGUUUGAGACCCAAUAUUCAUACCAACAUUCUCAUGCUUCAUAGUUAUUUAAAGAGCAAACGUAUUGUGACUGCCUUGAAUUCCUUUAGGGAGUUGUGUGAGUGUCUGGAACCUAGCACCAAGCUCUACAAUGUCAUUAUUGUAGGGCUCUGUCGGGCGGACAAAACUGAGCUUGCACUGGCACUAUGGAGGGAUGCCAGGGAAAGGGGCUUGAUUCCAAGCCUCACUUGCUAUGAGGAGCUUGUACAUAUGCUAUGUUGCUCGGAGAAUUAUGAAAUGGUGAUAAAGGUUGUUAAGGACUUUGAGGAGACGGGUCGUCAUGUUUCUAUCUACAUGUACAACAUACUUUUAUGCCACAUUUUGAAAUCCCAAGAGUUAAUCAAGGCAUGGCUUCGUUCAGGAGUUGAUGGUUCUCAAUCAGGCAAUUCAGUGUUGGGUCGGCUAGUUGGGGCAUUUCCUAACAUACAGAGCCUGGAAGAUCAUCUUCAAAACUUUGAAGAGUUGAUUGAAAGGCGAAUACAUGCUAACAUUGUGACAUAUAAUGUGGUGCUGAGAAGUCUUUGUAAGGCAGGGAGAGUGGAAGCUGCCUGUACUUUAUUCAGCAUAAUGUGUAGAAAUGGCAAAAAAGGGUGUGAGCCUAAUCCAUGGACUUAUGACAUUGUGGUUCAUGGUCUCUGCAAAGUGGGGAGGUUGAGAGACGCAAAGUUUUUUAUGGAGAAAAUGUUUGAGAUGAACUUUUACCCAACCAAGGGGACGAUUGAUUUGUACAGGUUUUUGGCAACCAGAGGGCAGCGAGUGCAGCAAUAGCAUAGCUCAAGCUUCCGGCAGAUUUUUUGUUGUUUUUGAAUUAACCUGCUCUCUGUGUUCGAUAAAACCUAAAGACAUCAGGUACCUUGAUAUCAGAUAUCAAUAUAAACUCACACACAUAUGAGGGCAUCAGAAAAUACACAUGUGGAAGUUAUGGAGCAAUAAUAGUGUAGCCGAUUAGAUUGAAGGUGAAAGUUAUGGAGCAAAGGGGAUGAAAGUUUAUCAUAAAGAUGGGAGAAAUUUGCAGAAAGAGGCCCACAAUUUUCACCAUCGGCUUUAUCAUCAUUUGGUUAGCAAUAUUUAUGCUAAAACCAGUUGUAAUUUAAUCCAGCUAUAUUGCUAUCCAGCUCCAAUCUACACCAUCUAUAACUAUGGAGUACCCAACAUUUUGGUACCUCUGAAUUUCAUAUGUUUCCACGGCUCUUAGAGAUUUUUCAGAGGUGGGUUUUGUGCAAGUAUAUUGCCUUUGCAGAAAUGGAAAUGCUCACGAUCCCCUGAGGCAGCACUUUUAUCCCUAUUGGUUCGGAUUCCAGUCACCCAUAUGUUCUGGUUCCCUCUGGUUCCUUCCACUUUGGAUUACUUUCAUGGGCAUCAGGAGUGUAAGCCUUGCCUUUCAAUUAAUGGUACACAUGCUUCACCGAGUGGUACACAUGAUGAAGCGGAAGGAAAUUCUGGAGUUCCUGAUUUUAGUUUUGUGCCAGACUCCCAUGGGGUUGAGCUACAAAGUUACACCAUGGAAGAGUGACGUUGGAGAGUGGCUUUCGGGCUGUCAUUCAAGGGCAAUUGCAGUUUAUGUUAAUGAGACAAUAGCGGGGAAGUGCUGCAAGAAUGAUUGUAAUGGUCAAGGAAUUUGUAAUCAGAAUUUGGGACAUUGUAGGUGCUUUCACGGG